CUCUCCUUUGGAUUUUCUGAACACUGCUGCAACUGAUGAAGAAGCAAGUCGGACAAAGCCAUUAUGACCUUUUCCGAACUGGAAACAUAAUUCAUAACACAUAACUCUUUUUAAAUGCCAAUGCAUCCCGGACUUCGUGUUUUGCAAAAAAUAUAUAUAUAUAUAUAUUUAUAUAUAGGCUGCAUAUUCUCUGUAUUCGUGUAAAUUGCUUAUUGAAUAAUUAUAGAAAGUUCAAUAACUUGUAAUCAUAUCAAAAAGCCUCCAUCGAAGGAUUGCUUUCUUUUUUCUUCUCUUCUUUCUUGUUUUCUUCUUCUGUUGCUAUGGAUAUCAUUUAGUAUUUAAGUACGCUUUCCACAAUGGGUAAUGUAAUAAAGGCUUAGCUGCCACUGGGAUUCAAUAUCUUGCUGGUGAUCCCAUCUCCACCUAUCCAUCGGGCGCGUGACACUUCGAUCUUGUGUUGUUGGGGAUUCAUUCACGUAAAGUGUGUUCUGAACGACAGAUUUUCUCAUGAAGGUGGUGUUUUUCGUAGCUAUACAGUGACGUUAUGAGGCUGGUCCUGGUCAAACCUACCAAUAGGACGAGCCGGCUUGAUUCUACUGGGGCUGUUCGCAAUGAAAGGGUGCCAGAUUAUUACAGCGCAAGGGAGCAGCCACAGCAAGACGAAGCUGUAGAGGGGAUGCAGCAUCGGUACUCGGGAGCUGUCUUCCAGCACCAAACACCUAGCCAGGAGCAAAGAAGCGCUGACAGCAGUGCAAGUUAUUCUCAGAAAGCAGCGUCGAGUAGAACCCCUCCAGUCUGUAGCUUGCCGCCGCCACCUCCGCCGCACAGACAGCGUUCUACAGCCUUAUAUCAACAGAACAAUCAGGAGCUGCCCAACCCAAGCCUUUUCACCCGGCAAGACACCACUCCUCAUCAACUGCAGCAAGACGGUGCACAGCGAGUGACAAGCCACGGAACCGGCCAGCGACCCCCAAACGAGGGCUGUGGCUUUGCAAGCCAACCCCUACGUCUGCAGCAGAAUCUCGAGGCCACCGGCUUUCAUCCGCAGUCAGAACAGCCCCUUUAUCAGGACUGCCACUGCAGUUUUUCUAAGGAGGCGAACCCUUCUCGCCAGCACCAUCCCCUCACGCACCCGCAGCCCUCCCCACCGCCGCCGUCGUCGCUGCUGUUUCUGCAGAGUCCAAAUCGGGAGGAUAAUUUGAAAAAGACUGCUAAUUACCAACAGGAACACCUCGCCUGUAACUGCAGAAGAGAAGGAGGGCGGCAAGAACAUAACCAGUUGUUGCAGCAACAGCAGCAACCACAUAAUCAUUUAAAGCUACAACAGCAGAACCCCUCCUCGGGUUCAAUUAUACAAAACCCACACCAGGCACUGAAUAUAAAUGCAUGCGAUCAAAGCGAAGUGAACCAACGAUUAUUUUUGUUUCAACCUCAGGACCUGCAGCACCAACAGCCACCACAAUUGCAGGCGCAGCAACAGCGACUGGUGGGGAGCAGCUUUCCCAACAACUACUGCGCCAACGGAUCGGGAGAGCUGCUGAAUAGGAACCAGCAACCACUACUGUUGCAGCAGCAUCAACAGCAAGACGCGCACUGGCAACACCUCUGUGACCAAGACUGCAAGGGACCAGACGAGAAAAAUAAAUCCUUUCAACAUCAGUGCCACCAACCUCCGGGAAAUCCACCCUGCUGCCCGCUUGUGAGAAACUUAUCUGCGGCUAGCAGUAACAAAAGCAGCCUCCCCUCUUCCUUCAGCAACCGCCUGUGGCCGGAGAACCACCACCAAGAAGGAAAACAGACCCGACCAGAGGAACAGCUGGUAAAUGCUGAGCCCAAGAAGCUAAGCCAUGCUGGAUCCAAGCCCUCCCUCUCAGAGAGCAGUUACCCAUUCCCUGAGAUAGCCAUGAACAGCUGCAAGUACAAUGGGGGUGUGGUGAGACCCCUGGGCAGCCUGGGUGCGUCGCGGCGCAACCUUGCAGAGCUCGACUCAGAGACGCAGCCCCUCCAGACCCUGCACAGCUCCGGCCUGGAGGUGGUGGUCUCCAAGGGCAACGGCGAGGACCCCAGCAAGGCGUCCAGCGAAAGCCUGACCAGGGAGGGGAGCAACGCGCCGCAGAAGAAGAACAAGGACAUCGGCUACAAGUUGGGCCAUCGGAGGGCGCUCUUUGAGAAGCGGAAGCGAUUAAGCGACUACGCCUUGAUCUUUGGGAUGUUCGGCAUCGUUGUCAUGGUGACCGAGACAGAGCUCUCCUGGGGGGUUUACACUAAGGAAUCUUCAUAUUCAUUUGCACUGAAAUGCCUUAUCAGCCUUUCCACUGUUAUAUUGCUUGGUCUCAUUAUAAUGUACCAUGCCCGGGAAAUCCAGCUGUUCAUGGUGGACAAUGGGGCAGACGACUGGAGGAUAGCCAUGACAUACGAAAGGAUCUUCUUCAUUGUGCUGGAGCUCUUGGUGUGCGCCAUCCACCCCAUCCCCGGCCAGUACGUGUUCACCUGGACAGCCCGGCUGGCCUUCACCUACACACCCUCGGUGGCCGACGCCGACGUGGACAUCAUCCUCUCCAUCCCCAUGUUCCUUCGCCUCUACCUGAUCGGCCGCGUCAUGCUCCUGCACAGCAAGCUCUUCACCGAUGCCUCGUCGCGAAGCAUCGGCGCCCUCAACAAGAUCAACUUCAACACCCGCUUCGUCAUGAAGACCCUCAUGACCAUCUGUCCCGGCACCGUGCUGCUGGUUUUCAGCAUCUCCUCGUGGAUCAUCGCUGCGUGGACAGUGCGCGUCUGUGAGAGGUAUCAUGACAAACAGGAAGUCACCAGUAACUUCCUGGGAGCUAUGUGGCUAAUUUCUAUAACCUUCCUCUCAAUUGGCUAUGGAGACAUGGUGCCUCAUACAUACUGUGGAAAGGGUGUGUGUCUACUAACUGGAAUCAUGGGGGCGGGCUGCACUGCCCUGGUGGUUGCCGUGGUUGCCAGGAAGUUGGAGUUGACCAAGGCCGAGAAACAUGUUCACAACUUUAUGAUGGACACGCAACUCUGCAAACGAGUCAAAAACACGGCUGCUAAUGUACUCAGGGAAACAUGGCUCAUCUACAAACACACCAAGUUGGUGAAGAAGAUCGACCACGCUCGGGUGCGCAAACACCAGCGCAAGUUUCUGCAGGCCAUUCACCAACUACGCAGUGUGAAAAUGGAGCAAAGGAAACUCAAUGACCAGGCUAACACCCUAGUGGACUUGGCCAAGACACAGAACGUGAUGUAUGACCUGGUGUCUGAGCUGCAGGAGCGCAGCGAGGAGCUGGACAAGCGAAUUGGCACUCUAGAGGACAAGCUGGACUCCAUCACUGGCAGCCUGCAGGCCCUGCCCGGCCUGCUCUCUCAAGCCAUAACGCAGCAGCAGCGGGACUUCCUGGACGGCUUUGCGCACCGCUUCCGGCCCGCGUCGCUGGGCUCGGAGCGGUCCUGGACGCCAACUCGACGGCGCCGCUCGCCCUCCACCGCGCCACACACCUCCUCCGACAGCGGCUAGCCCCCCCCCCCACUCCCCCCCACCCCCCCACACACCUCUGCCAUCCAAAACUUAACACCGCUGAGGCUCCAGCGCAGACUGACUCAAUCGACUAAAGAGAGACCGAAAAUUUAACACAGACAAAAGUAAAGAAUUGAAAAAAAUAAAAUAAAUUAAAAAACGGUAGAGAUAUGGUUUAUGUUUAGCCAUUGUAUGGCUGUUGAAGUUAGCUUUUUUGUAAAGCCCUUGUAUAGUUACUGACUGAGUUCAGGGUGCUGGGGUGAAGCUGGCUAUCACACCGGAGAAUAUCCUUAAGCAAGACGGAAAUGAAAACCGCUACUAGUGGAGGCCAGUGCUCUGCUAGGGCGGUGCCUUGGAGGGGUGUGCCGAGGUGGAGGCCGGCCAUGGAGAACCCUGCUCAGAAGCCAGGAAAGGAGACCCGGCAGGCGGACUUCCUCCCUCACGUGACCAGUAUCACAGGUUUCCCUUUAGCCUAGCUGCCAGCAGAGAGGGCCUUUGGAAGCUCUGAAAUCAAUUCCAGUCUCAGAGUGCAAUAAAUGUGGAAGGGAAGCUGGAGAAUGGGGCAUUCCUAAGAUGUGACCAAUUGUAAAACGGAAAAAUAUAUGCAGUGAUGCUGACUUAAACCUUUCAUACAAAUUUCCAAAUGUAUGUAUAUGGAAAAUUGGUGCAAACAGCUUUUCAUAUGAUAAAUGAUUGGCAUGUAAUUUACAGUGCCAUUUAAUUAAUGUAGAAUACGUUGCAUUGUUCAGAGGAAAUAUCCAGAGGGCUAAGGACCAAUGCACCAGUGGGUGGAUAUAACUAAUUGUGUUAGCCCAUCAAUAGUUAAAUAGGCAAAAGAUUUUUGAGAAUUUACAAAUCUGGAGCAAAAUAUCCAGACAAAUAAUUUCUGGGAAUUGGUUCAUAUCUCCUUUGUACCUAUAUCAAAUAUAAUGGAUUAAAUACGCUGAUGAGAAUGGCAGAAACACACUCCCAUGAUAUGCAUGUGCAUGUAAGUGUUUUAAGAGAGAACUUGGAAAACCGUGGCAAGGGUGCAACUUUCCAUUGCGACACAGGACCAUACUUUUUUCCUUUAAUGCAUCAGGCCCAUGCAGAAAGAUGCAUUAAUGGUUUGAAACUGCCAUAGUCUCAGCCCUUGGUAAUGUUGGUAUAGCAUUUUUGUAUGCUGGGGCUGGUGAAAAAAGGCAAAUAUUGCAUUCCUUCCUCAAAUACAUUCCUCUACCAAUUUUUAAAAGAAAGAAAGCUUGAUGUCAAAUUUGUCAGCGUCUGAACAAACAUUUUUUUUUUUACCUCUCCCAAGUAACAUGCAAUACAUUGUUGUCGUUGCACAUAUGUAUUUAAAAAAAGUAAAAAUCAAAAACUUCAAAAUCAAAAUUUUAGAAAAGUGAAUUGCUCUCUCAAAUUCUCUCCCUCAUGAUACAUCAGAGCCUCCAAAGGUCCUCAUACGCUCUCCAGAGAACUGAAUGUUCUCCUUCGGCAUGCCUUUCAGUCUGUUGGAAGAGGACAGCAGGCCACACCCACUGUAGAUGGGAGGUUUAGGCCACACCCACUGUAGAUGGGCGGUUUUAUCGUUUUUGUUUUUAUUUUGUUUUGUUUUGCUUUUGAUUUUUUGAGAGAGAGAGAGAGAACUGAGAAACAAACCCCGCCCCUUGCAUGUUUCAAUGCAAAUGGUGAUGGAGCUAACCUUUGGGAUGGCUUUAUGUUAUGUUUUUCCUUUUUCCUUCUCUUUUUUUUUUUUUUUUUUACAGAUAAUUCAUUUUUUAUCAUUUACCUAGGAUUUUUUCAUAGGUAGUAGAUCAAUUCUAUAAUGUUACAACAGUGUGGCAGCAAAGUUAUGAAAACAUGCAUUCCUAGUUAAAUGUCCUAAAACAGCAAGGAAAAACUGAAUACACAAAAAGGCAAAUAAUUAAAAACAAAACCAACAUUAAACACGUUUAUAAGCUUUAAAAGUCCCUGAUUUGGAGCCCAGUUCUGCCAGUAUGGUUCAAAUAUCUGCGAUCAUGACAAAAAAUAAUAAUAUUGAAGACCUUCAUUGUUUUUAAAGGUCUGAGAAAACACAAUUGUAUUGUGGUUCUUUGGCCAUUUAGACAAAGCUGUAACACCUGUGCAUAUAAAGCUCUACUAUUACUGAAACCACAUGGAACAGUUUGGUGAUGCCCAAGUUUGUUCCUGACCACCUGAGGUGGUGUCUGAGUUGCUGUGAUUCAUUAAAAUAUUCUCCAAUUAUUCUGGUGACAGUUA